UGAGGAGCAACGGGGUGGGGCUUCAGGUUGUACACAGCAGGCACGUGUACUGAGAGGAGGAUAUCAGGGAGUGAUGGAAAGAGAGAAGGAGGGAGGAGGCUGAGUAUUUUGUAAGAGAGGAAAUGCAGCCGCCAAGCUGUGCUGGAAAUCAUUAAAAGUCUUGCCUGGCUGCCAGAAGAGACACAAUCCCAUUCACAGCCUGACCUUCAGCAUCUCCAGCCUAACAAUCUCUGCGUCCUCCCAGCUUGCCAGAUCACGAGGAUAAUCCGAGCUUCUAUUCUAUUAACAGUCUAAAGAAAACCGAACAUUUUCUUGAUCGAAUCGCACUUAUAACACUGGAACGCUCCUGGAUGCCUUCUUGUCAAAGACCCGUGAUAAAGAGUUGGCCAUCUAUUUUAGAUGAAUUGAAACUUGCCAUUCCAAGUGGUUUUGGAUAGCAUGAACACUUGUUUCCAGAUGAAUAGUACCCUGGGAAGGAUAAUCCUCUGAAAAAGGCCCCUAUCUGAGCCAAAAAGAAAUGUCUACUUCUACUAAUUGCGUUUGUAGGACACAAAUGAUGAGGCCAUUAAGAUAAGCUUUGUGAUGGUUUUAAUGGUAUCUUCUUACAAUUACGUCAAAAUGAUUGAUUCGCAAGUCUGAUAAUAAAGUAUAACGUGGGCACGCAUGCUUGGACCUUUGAUCUGCCUAUAGUAUGGGGUUAAAGACAUUGAGCCAUUUAUUGGAACUGUUCAAUGAACAUUGAACUGAGACGUGUGUCCCCUCUUCUGCACAUCUGUAAAAAGACUCAAAAUAUCAAGCAGAGUGAUCUCAGCAUCUGAAGAUUCUACCAUUUCAUCAAGAAGAUGCCCUGAACAAUAAAGAUCGAAUCGCAUGGGUGCAAAGCUUUUAUCGAACGUGGACAGGACCCCUUUUCCCUCUUCCGUGGCUGCCUGAGUACUAAACAGGACCAAUGGAGUCCCUUUGUAAAUCAACAGCAUGGCUUAGGGAUGAGUUGGACUCUCUGUCGCAAAAUCUCCGUAUUUUGGAUUGUCGAAGCCGGGAACUCUAUGAUUCUUCACACGUAGAGAAAGCUUUGCAUGUGGCUCUGCCUGGUUUGAUGCUGCGGCGGCUGCGCAAGGGCAAUCUCUCAGCCCACUCUCUACUCCCAGGAUCCCCUUCAACAGUAAGGGGUGUGGCCCUUUUAUACGAUGAGUGCACCUCCAGCCUUGAAUGUCUUGAAGCAAGUCAUGGGGAUGAGCAAGAGCCCAUUAUUGUAAUGCUUCUGCAUAGACUUCGGAAGGAAGGAUGCCAAGCGUAUUACCUUCUAGGUGGCUUCAGUAAAUUUCAAGCUGAGUUUCCUCACCAUUGUGAAACCAAUCUUGAUUGCACAAGUUGUGCCAGCAACUCACCGUUGCCUCCGACCCCAGUGCUGGGACUUGGUGGAUUGUCCAUUAGCUCUGACUGCUCAGACUUUGAAUCGGACCUAGACAGGGAGCCUCUGAGCGGGGUGGAUUCAGAAGGUAUGAGCCCACGUAACCAGGCACCAUCUUUCCCCGUGCAAAUCCUGCCACACCUUUACUUGGGCAGCGCAAGGGAUUCUGGUAACAUUGACACUUUGGCUAAACUUGGCAUACGCUAUAUCCUUAACGUCACCCCAAAUCUCCCUAAUAUCUUUGAGAAGGAUGGAGAGUUUCACUACAAGCAGAUUCCGAUAUCAGACCAUUGGAGCCAAAACUUAUCCCAGUUUUUUCCGGAAGCCAUUCAGUUUAUUGAUGAGGCAGCAUCCCAUAAUUGCGGGGUACUCGUGCACUGUUUGGCUGGAAUCAGCAGAUCUGUCACCGUCACCGUGGCCUACCUCAUGCAGAAGCUCAACCUAUCCCUGAACGACGCCUACGACUUUGUCAAGAGGAGAAAGACGAACAUCUCGCCAAAUUUUAACUUUAUGGGACAGUUGUUGGACUUUGAGAAGAGUCUGGGCCUCAGCAGUCCAGAAGACAAUCGGCCUCCUAGUCACUCAUUCUUCACUAGCCCUUCUAACGAUGAGGUCUUUGAGUUGGACUCUUUGGACUCAACGUAGGAAAAUAUACAGGUUUUAGUACCCUCAUUAUACUCUGUUUGGAUACUCAAUAGCCAAUUGUUUUAUUGCCUGAGCUUAAACAGCUUUGUUAAGGCUGAUAAACGGUUACUGACCGCUUCAGGCUUUACUUUUGGUAGACCUUACUUUUGGUAGACCUUCGCCUUCACUUCCUCAAUCACAGAAUCUGCAGUCAGUUUACUGUGAAAUUCUCAAGUAUAUUGGAUGCAGUGAUGUUGAUGGCACAAGUGCUCCAGAAAUAAUAUCUUAUCAUGUGUUGUGCAUUGUUGCAGUAUUACAGCUCAGAGUUUUCAACAAGACUUUUUGAAGCUUCUUCUGAGGCAGAGGCUCACAACCUUGAACCUUAGGUAGUGGGCAGGUCCGUAUUCUUGUUGUGUGCAGCAGCAAAUGGAUUAGUGUUGUUCUGUGACCUGAUUCCUUGUGAGAGGAAAAAGAAAGAGCACCAGAUGGUCCAAAUGAGGUAUACUCAACUGGGAACAGGAACUUAAACCAGGAACAUACCCUGCAUCUUUCAAACACAUCACGACGAGCGCUGACUCACUUGUUUUGCUUGACUGGAAUGAGAAAUUCUGUGAGUGGAAUCCAGAAGACUGCAGGAUGCGCCAAGGGAUUUCCAUCUGGAACCCAACAGAACGGAGAAGAUCAGCUUCAUUGUACAGAAUGAUUCAGAUAGUGCUAGCUGGGAACAUAUAAAGCCAUGUAUUUUUCUUAAGUCUUCUUUUUUUGAGUCUGGUAUUUUACUAGAAGGCAAAUUGAGUGUCUCUGUGGGCUUUGCCACCAGGGCAACUUAUUUUUAUGCCAUCGCUCUUUCCAAACCAAGAGUGAUACAUUUUUCUUUUCUUUUAAACUCAGGAUUUCUCACAGUAUAAAUGAUACAGAGCUGGUAAGUUUUAACAAGCAGAUACAUGGUUUGUGCAAUCAUGUAUUAAAUUUAGUAUUUUUUGGCUCUGGACUCAUAGAGAAGAAGAAUACCACUAAACAGUGUUUAAAAGAC